UCCAUGUUUUGCCGCAGAUGCGGCAGGAAGCGCACGCACGAGAACCCGGCGGUCGUCCUCCGUCGCCGCCUGAGGCGCCUGCUCACGGCGGCGUCCCGGGAGGGUCGGCUGGGCCCCGCGCUGAAUUACACCGCCAGGACUGGACCCGCCCAGGUGGCCAGCCCGAAGGCGGAGUACGUGGGCUCCUACGGCCAGCUGGUGAGCUUCCUGCGCGAGUGCCACACCAACAACCCUGGGCAGCUGCCCGGGGUGAAGCUCCACCAGCUGCUGGCCGCGGUGGAAGACCUCGGCCGGGGGACGAUGCCGAACGGGGAGUGCAUGCGGACGACGCUCGUGAAAGACCGGGCGCGCCAGGAGGGCCAGGAGGAGGCGUUCUCCAACCUCAUGGGCAACUUGGGCAUCAGUGUCUCCAAGGGGGACGACAAGGACGGCAAGGAGAGUCGUAGCUCUUCGCUCGUUCGCGCGAACAGCCGGCGGAGCUCGCUCCACUCGUCUAUUGGCCAUUCGGGGCUAGACCCGAUCGGCCUGAUGAACGACCUGAACUUCGACUCCCGGAGCAAGAUCGGAAACAAGAAGCGGGACGUGAAGUUGUUGGUGUCCCUCUGCGACACGCCCUUCGAGCUGCUGUCGAAGUACGGCAUAGACGAGGACAAGCUGACCGCGUGGAUGGAUGUUGUUGCCGACCAGUACGGCGACCCGAGCGCUGUGGGUUACCACAACUGGAGGCACGCGGUCGAGGUCUUCCAGUUCUCCUUCCGCUCCCUCCACAAGGGCGGCGCCAGCGACUACUUCAGCCUGAAGGACAUGCUCGCGCUCCUCCUGGCCUCCGUGGGCCAUGACGCAGCGCACCCUGGGACCAACAACGCCUUUCAGGUGAAGACGCGCUCGAAGCUCGCGACACUGUACAACGACAAAUCGGUGCUCGAGAACAUGCACGCCAGCGUGUUCUUCGAGCUGGCCCAGGCGCCCGACCGCGCGUGGAUGGAGGUGUUUGCGCCGAAGCACUACGACAAGUUCCGCGCGAAAGUGAUCGAGGCGAUCCUGGCCACAGAUAUGGCCCACCAUUUCGAGCUGGUCGAUCGCUUCAGCACCCGCGUGGCCAAGAAAACGGACAACCCAUUCUUCACCAGGUUCGAGGAGCCCGAUGUCGAGAAUGCGGAGAUGCAGAAGGCGACCAAGGCCGACCGCAUGAUGCUGAUACAGGCGUUCGUGCACAUGGCGGAUCUCGGCCAUUGCGCCAGGCCGUGGGAUCUCCACAAGCACCUGGUUGCGGGCCUGGAGGUCGAGUUCUUUUCACAGGGCGACAGGGAGAGAGAGCUCGGCUUGCCCGUCAUGCCGCUGAUGGAUCGGACGAAGGACAGCCUCGCGGCGGCCCAGGACUUCUUUCUAGGCAAUCUGGUGCUCCCGCUGCUGACGCCCUACGUCAGCUUUCUGGAGGACCCGCUGGCGAUAGACUACCUGGAGACCCUGGACACGAACCGACAGAGGUGGCAGGAGCUCGUCGCGAGGCACGGGAAGAAGCUGAUCAGCGAGAUCCUGGCCCUCGAGAGCCGGAGUGACGCGAGGUCCGAACAGCUCGCCGCGAGGCACGGGGAGGCGCGGAAAUCGGCGAGGCCCUGGCCUUCGGGGAACGCCGGAGUGGCGCGUGAUCUUCGCCUCGGAGGGCAGAACACCGCACAAGCACAGGUGAUGAGCCCAUUGGAGGCUCUCGGAGGUCCGCGCGGAUGUCUCGAGUCGGCGCUGGGCCGGCCUGGCGGCGCCUCCUGGCGCGCUGCCUGCGCCACGGGGGGGGGUCCGGCGCUGGCCCAGGAAAUCCACAUGCACCCCCGACAGUUUAUAUCUCAGAGGAGGAAGAGGUACCCUUAGCGCUGCCCUUCCCUCCUUUUCACCUUUUUGGGCCUCCUGGGAGGCCCUCGUCGCCACCGCUGGAUUCGCCUCGAAGUCCUGGUCAGAGCGCACUCCGGGAGAGUUCCGGGGAGAAGCGGUAUCGGUACCUUUUGAC